AUGAACAAGCCCACUAACAAUGACACGCCCUCCAGUACCGGCCCUGGGUCUUCCCGCAGUCUUGCCCACAGCGUUCUGCCCGCUACGGGCGACGUAGAUGAACCGCCUAUACCGAGGCCCGUGCCUAGCCCGGAGUUAUCUGGGCUGGGUGCGGACCAAGAUGCUAGCAAACGCCCGGGUGCACUGAGCACCCUUGACACGUGCACAACUCUUACCAUCGACAACACAGACGCCGACCCCGUCUGGCACGUGCUCACCCCAGCCGCUGUUGCCCGCCACCUUUCUACCGACACAGAACUCGGCCUCACUGGCCAAGUUGUCGCCGAGCGCAUCGCACAGUACGGCAAGAAUCAGCUCAAGGAGCCAGAGGGCGUAUCAGUCCUCAAAGUCCUCCUUGCUCAAGUCGCCAAUGCACUCACUCUGGUGCUCGUCGGCGCAAUGGCCCUAUCGUUUGGUGUCAACGAUUGGGUCGAAGGUGGAGUUAUUACUGCGGUGAUUCUACUGAAUAUUACCGUCGGGUUUUGGCAGGAAUACAAGGCUGAAAAAACUAUGGACUCGCUCAAAUCACUUUCUUCACCCACUGCCAAUGUGAUUCGCAAUGGUGGUGGUGCCGAGUCGGUCCCAAGCACUGAACUCGUUCCCGGAGAUAUUGUUGUGGUUCGCACAGGAGACGUUGUUCCCGCCGAUUUGGUUCUCAUCCUCGCCCAAAAUGUUGAAAUCGACGAAGCACUGCUCACUGGAGAGUCGUUGCCGGUAGCCAAGAAGGUUGAGGCGCUCGGUGAUCCCUCGCUCCCUCUCGGAGAUCGUACCAAUAUGGCAUUUUCCUCCACAACCGUGGCCAAGGGUCGUGCCCGUGGUAUCGUCGUUUCAACGUCCAACAAAGGCAAAACUAUCUGGGGUCGCGCACGCUCGAAGAUGAUGACCUGGCUCGGAUUACGAAAGGGCACGCCUCUGCAGAUCAAGCUUAAUAAGGCAAUUUGCAUACAUUCUCCUGUUUUGGCAGCUAUUUGCGUUAUCAUUGUCUUUGCGGCCGCCAAGUUCAAGAUUAACGACCAGGUCGUCUUGUACGCUAUCGCAUUAGGUAUCGGUGUUAUUCCCGAGUCACUCAUCGCUGUCUUGACUGUCACUAUGUCAAUCGGUGCGAAACGUAUGGCUGAACGGAACGUUGUUGUUCGACGUCUUGAUGCGCUCGAGGCUCUUGGCGGUGUCACGGAUAUUUGCUCUGACAAGACCGGAACCUUGACCAUGGGUCGUAUCCUACAGGGUGGUGAAACGCCUUUGGCUUGCCACUGGAAUCACCUAUGGCGUAGAAAGCGCUGGUGCCGCACUGGAACCGGCUGGCCGCGUGAUCCCGAAAACCAGUCCUCAGCCGACAGCAAGGUGGACGAAAAGCCCGCUGGCAUUUCACCCGCACUCGCAACCUUCACCCAUGCAGCCAGUCUUUGCAAUAAUGCUUCAGUACACCAAGCUGCUGAUGGUACUUGGAAAGGGGAAGGUGAUGCCACGGAAAUAGCUUUGCAGGUCUAUGCGCAGAAACUCGAUCUCGGACGCAACUCUCUCGUCAAGAAGUCUGUCAUCCCCACCGCUGUCUCCAAGGUCGUCGUGACUGGGCCCGUUGAUACAUCUGUCGAAGAAGGAUCAUACACGCAUUUAGCCGAGCAUGCAUUCGACUCUAGCAUUAAACGCAUGACCAGUGUUUAUACACAGCACCACGGUAACAACCCCGGAGAACGAGUGGCAUUCAUGAAGGGUGCCGUCGAGCGUGUCCUAGCCUCCUCUCGCACGAAUAUCAUCUCCCAAAUGGAGAUCCUCGCAAAUCAAGGCCUACGUGUUCUUGGAUUCGCCAUCCGCCAUGACAUUGCUCAGAAUAUUAACCUUGAGAAGCGUGAAGAAGUGGAAACCGGGUUCACAUUUUUGGGUCUUGCGGGUAUCUAUGAUCCCCCUCGCCCUGAGACCAAGGGUGCUGUGCAAGCUUGCAAGGAAGCCGGAAUUGUCGUUCACAUGCUCACUGGUGAUCAUCCUGCUACUGCCCGUGCGAUUGCACUCGAGGUCGAUAUUGUGACAAGGGACACUCCAGCAUCGGCUGUCAUGACUGCUGCUCAGUUCGACGCGCUCUCCGACGAAGAGAUUGAUAGGCUUCCCGACUUGCCGUUGGUUGUCGCUCGCUGUUCGCCUGAAACCAAGGUUCGAAUGAUCGCGGCUGGCAAGAGGCGUGGACGAUUUUUGGCUAUGACCGGUGACGGUGUUAACGAUGCCCCAUCCCUCAAACAAGCACCUGUUGGUAUCGGUAUGGGUCUCGCCGGGACUGACGUCGCCAAGGAUGCCUCCGACUUGCGUUUCUUGAUUGCCUUGCUCGUCGCCAAUGUCGGAGAAGUGAUUCUGUUGUUGAUUGGUCUUGCAUUCAUUGACCGCAAUGGAGAGAGCGUGUUCCCUCUGUCGCCAUUGCAGAUUCUCUGGGUUAACAUGGUUACUGCAUCGCUUCCUGCAGUCGGUCUUGGUGUUGAAGCCCCAGCUGCGAAUAUCAUGCGUCGUCCCCCUGCAAGCUUGAAAGCCGGUAUCUUCUCCCGUAACGUCAUCGUUGACAUGCUCUGGUACGGAUUCGUGAUGGGUGUUACCUGUCUUUUGAGUUUCGUUACGGUUAUCUGGGGUGCUGGACAUGGUGAUUUGGGCGAACACUGCAACAAGUCAUAUGCUGGCUGCGAAACUAUCUUCCGGGCCCGUUCGGUUGUAUUUGUUACCCUCACACUUCAGAACCUGUUGGUGGCUUGGGAGCUCAAGAGUCUCGAUCGCUCGUUAUUCAAUUUGUAUCCCAACUCGAAUGUCUUCAAGGAUCUUUGGAACAACCAAAUGUUGUUUUGGUCCGUCAUCUUUGGCAUGGCCACCAUUCCUAUUUGUUUGUACGUUCCGAGGUUCAACACGGUCGUGUUCAGACAUGCACCUAUCGGAUGGGAGUGGGGUGUUGUUUUUGGUAUGACCGCUGCCUUUAUUGGCGCCGUCGAGCUAUGGAAAAUGCUCGUCCGCCGUCGCGGAUGGGGUGCCAGGUGGCUGUCUGCCCCUCCAGCCUCCCAAGGAAACAGCGUGUACACCACCACCAAUCUCCAAGAUGGAACGACAGACGAGAAGAAGCUCGCCAACUCUGUCUAA